CACACACACACACACACACACACACACACACACACACACACACACACACACACACACACACACACCUUGUAACUAAAUGUGUUGUUGUUCGUGACAUUGACACACUGUUGUGUGCAUAUGCCAGGCUGCGACAGUGAUAGCUGGUUGAUGUUUGCUUUGCUUUGGAUCAACGUGUUUGUUAAGUGUCACGUAAUAUGGCGUGUAAUUUAUGUAGUUGAUACCCGCUGAUAUCAGAUGUGAUGUAGUCUGAGACAGCGAUGGUAUGGUGGGGAUAACCUCCAUGACUGAGGUACCCUGAACAUGGCACCGUCCCGCCGCACUGCUCCCUUUCAGGCGACAUUGGGGGCUGCCUCUUUGCACGGGUGAGGCAUAAAUGCAAUUUCGUUGUGGGCCGUAUGCACUUGUGUACUGUGUAGUGCUGUGUCACAAUGACAAUGGGAGUUGGAGUUUCCCAGUUGUGUUGCUGCAUUGAGUUGAUUAAUUGAGUAAUAGAAGUAUAUACUGUAGUAGUAUAGUGCAGUAUUAAUACAGUAAUUUAGGCUCUGACAGACACCUUGACCUCUUGCUGACCACGACAGAGCUACUCCAAUCAUAGAGGAGACUAAUAGUUGACUUUAUCAGGCUGUUCAUUACAAGAAAACCCACCAACCUCCCUUGUGUUAGAGUAGGCCUAUAGUCCUAUAGUCCUAUGUGUGAGUGGGCACAUGUGUUAUUUGCCUGGUUUGAGUAUCAGGUUCGUCAGGUUAAGAAAGUGUUUAUAUUUAUAUCUGAGAAGAUUUUGGGUUGAUGGCUCUGGCAAACAAAGCUUAGAUCACGUUGAUCACAGCCACACGUGUUGGUUCCUUUCUACAAUGUAACAAUUUGGCUGAGCUUUUUUAAAGGGACACUGUGUGAGAUUUUUAGUUAUUUAUUUCCAAAAUUCAUGCUGCCCAUUCACUAAUGUUACCUGUUUCAUGAAUACUGACCACCACCAUGAAAUUGUAAGUAUUCAUUAUGACUGGAAAAAUUGCACUUUUCAUACAUGAAAAGGGGGAUCUUCUCCAUGGUCCACCAUUUUGAAUUUCCAAAAAUAGCCAUUCUUAGCUGCAAAAAUGACUGUACUUGGAUCUUACUAGAAAAUAUGUGUUUAUUACUUAGUAAACUUUCAUGUAAAGAUCAAAUUUGGCAAUAGGCAGCCCACUUUCAAUAAGCAGCAUAGUUGCAGUACCUUUUUUGACCAUUUCCUGCACAGUGUCCCUUUAAGUACUAGAAGCAACAGAAUGUGCUACAGUAUGUGUUGGGACAACAUGAUCUAGACAGGGACGGACUACUGCACCCAGGGGCCCAACAGUAAAGGGGGCCCUGAAACCCAAGCCUCAGUCCAUGCUACAAAAACCCACUUCUUUAUCAGUCUAUAUUUAUGCUCUCAUAUUGUAUCCAAAAUGCACUUUUAACUCAUCGUGUUUUCAACUCCCAAACAAUGAAGGCGCUCUAACACCUUCGCUAAACCCCCAAUUUGUUUUGCAACCUCAGGACAAUCACGGAUCCCUGGAUCUAGACGUGUUCCCAUAGUUUCCCAUAGCACCCUGGAGAGCGGAGGCAUGGCAGGGACUCAACACCACAUGGCCACAGUCAGUCAACAUGCUGCAAGCAGCUCUGAGCUGGCGCUGCUCGACACAUGUCAAACACUUGUGCAACCUCUGCCUCCGCAGAUAUGAGUGGAGGUUUAUGCAAAGUAACUGGAUCUGUUAUCUCUACUUAUCUGGCAUGGUGUGGGCUCGCCUGCAGCUGCGGUACACAGUAAAAAAAAUACAGUGUUAUGUCAACACUUAGAGAGUACCCUUGGACCAAAUGCACACUAAGAUGUUAGAUAUACAGUACUCUAGGUGUUGAAUUAACAUUGCAUUUUUUAUUGUAUAUGGUGCACAUAUCAUCGUUGAUAGAUUAAGAUGGAUAAAGAGACCUCAGUACCAUUUGCACAACAUGUAUCUUUAAAAGAGGUCUGUUUAUACAGUAUAAACGAUUGAAAACUAUUUCAGUACAGAUGGAAAUCCAAAGCAAGAUUUUUCCUCCCCCUCCUCAGUGUUUUUGUUGGAUCCCCCACCCGAAACAGGGUUUGGAAAUACCUCCCAUUAUAUUAGUCUGUAGAUGAAACAACAAUCUUCAUGGGGGGAAGCAAGAUUUUUUUCUCCUUUUUUUGCUUAACCCAAAUAUUUCUCCACAUGAGAGCCAGUCAUUUUUCUAGGCCAGACAGCAACAUGGUAUGGAAAAAAAUAUAUAGCCUAUUCGGGGAGAGGGGAGAAGAGAGGAGUUGGGGAGGGAGGGCUGGCUGGCUGGCUGGCGGGCAGCAGGGCAUCUGGGAGUGGAAAAGGAGAGUGUGGGACCGCUGGAAUGUGGACACCAGUCAGGAUAAUUGAGUGGAUCUGGAACAAGAAGAGGCAAAGUUUGGUCUUGGGGUAUGGAAGAAUGCGCCCAGGGAGGGGACGUCUGAGGAAACAUUCCAUUCGAAACUGUCUUCCUCCCGUCCCGCUGUGCUGCUGCAUGUGGAUCCCACUUCCUUAUAUGCCCCAGACUCACUCUCUCUCUCUCUCUCUCUCUCUCUCUCUCUCUCUCUCUCUCUCUCUCUCUCUCUCUCUCUCUCUCUCUCUCUCUCUUCCCUGUGGCUUUGCUUGGCUUGGCUUUGAUGGGACUGGAGAGAGAAUGUCUAUCGGCUAUUGGCAUGGUGUAGUCUAUUGGCGUCCCCACUAACCAUGUGAUAGGCCUGUCAAGUUUAAUGUUGCUUCAUUGAAGAAAGUUCAAAGUAAUCCAUACAGAUGAAUCAUAUUCUCUUUAUUCUCUGAGGAGAAACAACCUUAUAGAAACAGUGUGGAAGAAAGCUGAAUCCAGAUGCUGGUUUUUGAAGUAAAGAAAAGGGUGGCUACAGUAUUUCACAAAUACAAAUAGAUACUACAAAUGGGCACAAUGCACCAUUCUGGCCAUCUGUGUCUUAAUAAUUUUCAACCAGAGUAAAUUACUCAAUGCUGAUUUUAGGGACAUAAUAGUACAGCUACAGUAUAUCUGGUUUUAACCUUGGUGACUCAGGUUAUGCAAUAUAUCUUUUUUUUGCCAAAUAAUUGUUCUGGGACAACAGUCAUUCUUGCCUCUCCAAACCAAGUGCAUGCGUAAAUCGCUUGGCACGUAGGCGACAAUCACAGUUACCAAAUGUAUGAGCAUGUUACUGUUUGACACGCACUGUCCUCGGCGAAAUGCGUACUGACUGAAAGGUUCACUCACUACACAAUCUUGGAGAGUGUAAAUAGUAACUCGUCAGGUUAUGCGGUUCAGUGGGAAUUGAUACAGUCGUACACGUGAUGGUUUGUUGCUACGCGUCAUCAGAGCGCUGCUACUCACUUGCAAAUCUGCCGAAGCGAGGGUGUCAGUUUGCAAAAUCAAAAGAAAGCGUUAGAAAAUAAACAAAUACUAUCACAAAGUAGUCAGUCGGAUACAGCAGUAUUUAGUGCGACACUUUAUUUUGUUGAUUUAGAUUUGAGCGCUUCCGUUAAACGGCUUGAGAACCAAACAUGGCUGGUUUGAUGGCAGGUUUCGGUAACUUCACUCACGCCGUUGUUCGAGGGAUCCCCGCAUCUUUCGCGGCAGAAGCACUGAGGAUGAACCAGGGCGAUGUCGACCUUCUAAAAGCCCAGCGCGAGCAUGAAGUUUAUGUAGACGUUCUGAAACACAAACUGGGACUCCAAGUGAUCGAACUACCCGCUGACGAGAGCCUUCCAGACUGUGUGUUUGUGGAGGAUGCUGCCGUGGUUUGUGGUGACACUGCCCUGAUUACCAGACCAGGGGCUGAAUCCAGACGGAAAGAGACGGAGGCCAUGAAGAAGGUCCUCUCAGACCUGAACCUGAACAUUGUGGAGAUGACCGACGAGUCAGCCACCCUGGACGGCGGAGACGUCUUGUUCACAGGUCAGGAGUUUUUCGUGGGUCUGUCGAAGAGGACUAACCAGCGUGGGGCCGAGAUCCUGGCAGAUGCCUUUAAGGACUAUGCGGUGUCCACUGUGCCAGUGACUGAUGGUCUGCACCUGAAGAGCUUCUGCAGCAUGGCGGGACCAGGCCUCAUCGUGAUUGGCUCCAGUGAACCAGCUCAGAAGGCCCUGAAGAUCAUGCAGCAGAUGAGUGAUCACCGCUAUGAUAAGCUGACGGUGACUGAUGACGGGGCAGCCAACUGCGUCUACAUGAACCUGCCUGGCAAAGGCCACGUGCUCCUGCACCCCACCCCCGAACAGUACCCCGAGAGUGCCAAGGUGUAUGAGAAGCUGAAGGACCACAUGUUGAUCCCGGUCUCUAACCUGGAGAAGGUGAAGGUGGACGGAGCUCUGACCUGCUGCUCCGUGCUCAUCAACAGGAAGACCAGCGCCUAAUGCCUAAUGCGCUCCGGCCCAGAGUGUGUGUGUGUGUGUGUGUGUGUGUGUGUGUGUGUGUGUGUGUGUGUGUGUGUGUGUGUGUGUGUGUGUGUGUGUGUGUGUGUGUGUGUGUGCAUAUGUGCAUGUGCGUACGUGCGUACGUGCGUGUGUGCGUUUGCAUGCCUGUGUGUGUGUGUGUGCGUGCGUGCGUGCGCAUGCGUGUGUGUGUGCGUGUGUGUGUGUGUGCAUGCGAAUGGGUGUGUGCGUGUGUGUGUGUGUGUGUAGGAGGGGUGGAAGCACCAUCAGACUGCCACCGCUGCCCACUGCCACCACACCCUGUGACCAGUGCCACUGUCACCCCUCCAGCCCUCCGCGCCCCGCCCUGGGCUACUGCGCAAUGUUUACAAUCUCCAUGGGAACCACUGCUGCUCUAGCAAGUGGUGUGGGAAAUCAUUCUGAUCAAAAAGGAUCUCUUGCUAUUGCCGUCACUAUAAUUCAAUGAUUUUUUCAAGCAAAGGUGAACAAAGUCGACAAUAUGUGAUUAAUUUAACGCAUAAAAGUGAAGGAAAAGAUGUGAAGAAGAGGGAUUGCAUUUUAAGUGUUUAAUCAGCAGUUAACAGCACUAUAUUUUUGAUUAAUUAUGUUGAAAUCACGACAUAUGAAGUCGUCAUCAUCACACUGUCAGAAAUUGUAAUGGGAGAUUAUUUUGUGAACAAAGGGAAGUGAUGUUGGGUUGGUGUUUUCCUGAUUGUGUUUCAAUGAGUGAGAGAAAGAAAGAAAGAAAGAAAGAAAGAAAGAGAAAGAGUGAGUGAAUGAGAGAGAGAGCGAGCGAAGUGUAUCUGGGGUCCAGAUUGAAGGUGUCUUGUGUGGACCCCAUGUGAAUUGUUGUCUUAAAGCCGUGACACUGGUGCUAUCGCAUCUUCUGUCUGUUAGUGUAGGAGAAUGAGACUAACCCAACCCAUCUCUCCCGCAACUGUGAGUUUUAUGUAGCUUAGCUGUGUGAUUAUCCUACUAGCCUAAACAUACAUAUGCUGUCACUGAUACCACAGACUUAAUGUUUUUGUAGCAUUACAGUUGAUUGUGUUGAACUAAUCUAAUCUAACAGAAUUUGGACCAAACUGACCAUGACUGUGAAUAGAGGAUAGCGUUUUUCUCCCUAAUUACAUGGAAACACUCAGCACAUAUUGAUUGAAUGAUUAAUUGAUUGAAUCUGUUUAUGGAUAUUUAAAAGUCUCUAGUGUAAAACCAGUGUUCUGACGUAACAGUGUGUGCUGCCUAUUCGGCUGAUUUUGAAGUACCAACAAAGUGAGCUCAGCUUCCAAGUAAGGUCUGUUGACGACCCGACACAAAUGCCGGAGUCAAAUCCAUCUCUUCCUGUCAGUAACUGCUGAAGUCCGAGGCAGCUCGUUCCCCGCCUGAUGUCCUUGGGUCAGGUGGAUUAUCGCCAUCCGUUUAGGUUUUAGAUGCCUAUCCGGUGCCAGACAAUCUGACCUCACCCCAAACAGUUGGCCCAUGCAGCACUUGUAGCCCAUGAACGAAACCUGAGUCUUGUCUUAGUCACUGCCACUGUCCUCCAGCUAUCUGUGACUUAGCAGGCUGGAAUCCAUUCGCUUAGCACUGCCGCCCGCUACCUGGUUAUUUAUAGAUGGGCCCCAAUACAGCAGCCGUGUGUGUGUGUGUGUGUGUGUGUGUGUGUGUGUGUGUGUGUGUGUGUGUGUGUGU